CUAUCACAGCCAUUCAACUCUGUAACUGUUUUAAAGUAACUUAAUUGUUGUCCCUGUGCGCCCCUUUUGAAUCAAGAAUGUUAUUCUGUCCCACUCCACUCAUCGUCACAUCCUCCGGUCCAUGGCGCGCGCAGUGAGAUUUGGCGCUAGUGUUGCCUUGAGAUGAACAUUUGCAGUGGAAUAACUUUUUCAUGUCCUUUAACUUGCUAGUUAUCUUUUUUUACAUAUACCGAUUAGCAUUUUAUGAAUAGUAAUGUCGGGCGAAGAACCGAAGGUCCCAGAAGAGCUCUUCAAAGAUGUUAAAUUCUACGUGGUCGGGGACAUUGACCAAAAGGUUGUCCAGCUCCUAAAAGCGGGGAAAGGAAAAGAGGUCUCAUACAAUGCCUUGGCUACACACAUCAUAGCAGAGGAUGGGGAUAACCCAGAGGUUGGGGAGUCUCGAGAAGUCUUUGACCUUCCAGUUGUCAAGCCGUCUUGGGUGACUUUGUCCGUAAGAUGUGGAGACCUGCUACCAGUUACAGGAUUCUCCCCAGAGUCGGGACAAAUAUUCUUCGGUGUCACGGCAUGCCUGCCAAAGCUACCAGAAGAUCUCAACAGUCUUUGGGCCUUGAUCACUUUUUAUGGCGGUGACUGUCAACUCAACCUAAACAAGAAAUGCACUCACCUGAUUGUUCCAGAGCCAAAAGGGGAAAAGUAUGAGGUCGCCCUGAAGCACAGCAGCAUCAAAAUCGUCACGCCGGAGUGGAUCACACACUCGGCGUUGGACAAGAGCCGGAAGGACGAGGCUCUGUACCACCCCCGGUUGACCUACCAGGAGGUGGAAGAGGAUGAGGAGAGUGAGUAUGAGUCGCUCUCCGAGGGCAGCUACAGCCCUCCAGGCCGCAGGCGCCCAGGCCCCAGGUCCCGGAGAUCCAGCUCCUCCUCAAGAGACGACUCCCCUGCUAGUGGCCGAGGAGGGACUUCGCCCAAAGCCGAGCGACGAGACGAGCUCAUGUUCGAUGACUCGGAUGACUCUUCCACGGAGAAGGAGGAACGGAACCUGAACUGGACCCCAGUAGAGAUAACCGGGCCACCCCCGGGUCCCAAACGCAGACUGCAGCCAGGGAAGGACUCUGGCCUGAUCAACCUCUGUGCCAGCGUGCCCCCUGUGCCGGGCAGUGCAGGACCACCAGACCCCCGGGCUGCCCUGGGACCCAGUGGUGCCCAGCCGGGGGCAGAGAGGCCAGAGGGCAUGGCAGGCUGGAGCCCAGCGGCCAGGACGCUACGGAACAUUACCAACAACUCUGACAUUCAGCAGACCACCAGACCCUCCAACGUUGCACAUAGUCUCUCUGCCUCAACGAAGACAUUGGAGCAGCAGCAAACGAACCAGGGCCAGCCCAACACCCAACCCAACCCGCUCCUGUUCAACCAAGUGAAGCCCCAAGGUCAGCAGCAGCUCACAGUCGAAGCACAGCAGCAGUUACUGCAGCAGCAGCCCCACCAGGUCCCCCAACAGCCACAACAACACCCACCUCAGCAGCUGCCACAGCAACAGCACCCCAUGCUGCAGCAUAUUCCACCACAGCAACUCAUGCAGUUGCACCACCAGCAGCAACAGCAACCGCAGGUUCCUCAGCAAGGUUUCCCUCCUCAGUUAUCACAACAACCGGCCCAUCAGUUCAUCCAGCAGAAGCAGCCGCACCAACAGCAGAUCCACCAACAACAGAUCUUCCCCCAGCAACAACAACAACAGCAACCGCCACGUGCAUUCUCGCAGCAACAACUGCGACCACAGCAGCUCCAACAACAGCAGCAUGCUUUACAACAGCAGUUACAGCAGUUCCAGCAGCACAGGCUCCAGUUACAGCUCCAACAGCAGCAGAACCAGCAGCAGCAACUCCAUCAACAACACCUCCAACAGCAGCAGCAUUUCCUGCAGCAACAGAUGCAGCAGCAGCACAUGCAGCAGCUUCAACAACAGCAGCAGCAGCAGCAUCUCCAGAGCCAGCAGCAGUCGCUGCAGCAGCAGCAUCCGAGCCAGCAGCAGCAAGGUUCACUACAGCCUCAGCUUCCUCAAGUGCACCAGUUAUUUGGUCACGAGCCAGGCCAAGAGAUUCCAGAAGAUGGCUUCUUGGUGGGCUGUGUGUUUGCUAUCGCUGACUACCCAGAGCAGAUGGCAGACAAGCAGCUCCUAGCCACGUGGAAGAGAAUUAUACAGGCCUAUGGUGGAAUUGUGGACUCCUCUCUCAGCAACCGCUGCACUCACCUGCUCUGUGAAACUCAAGUCAGCAGCAUGUAUGUCCAGGCCCUACGAGAGGGGAGGCGCUGUGUCACUGCCCACUGGCUGAACACCAUCCUGAAGAAAAAGAAGAUGGUUCCUCCUCACAGAACCCUACACCUCCCCUUCGCCUUCCCACCAGGAGCCAAGCCCUGCUCACAACACAUCAUCUCCGUAACUGGCUUUGUGGACUCAGAACGCGACGACCUGAAGCUGAUGGCCUACCUGGCAGGAGCCAGAUACACAGGCUAUCUCUGUCGUAGUAACACUGUGCUCAUCUGUAAAGAGCCCAGUGGUCUGAAGUAUGAGAAGGCCAAGGAGUGGAGGAUCCCCUGCGUCAACGCCCAGUGGCUCUGUGACAUUCUCCUGGGGAACUUUGAAGUCCUCCGGCAGGUCCAGCACAGCAGAUACUCCAACUUCAACCUGCAGGAACCACUCAUCCCCAACCAGCAUCUGGUUCAGAACCUACUGGGUGCUUGGCGGGCUCCUGUGAAGGUUUCGCCUGACGCGUUGGCGGCAUUGCAGUUGCAACAAAAGCAGAAACCGUCUGAGUCGAACUCCCAGCAUCCAAAUAAGAAACCACGACUUGAGGAGAUCGAAGCCCCAACCAAGAAGCUUCCACCAGAAUCCACACCGUACAUUUUCUUCACUGGCUUUGAGCCAACACAGGUCCAACAAUUCAUGAAGAGGCUGUACAACCUUGGAGGGGAGAUCGCAAAGAGUGCUCAAAAGUGCACCCAUCUGGUGGCCAACAAGGUGACGAGGACUGUGAAGUUCCUCACGGCGAUGUCCAUUGUCGAGCACAUCGUCACCCCUGAGUGGUUAGAAGAGAGCUGGAAGAGCCAGAAGUUUGUUGAUGAGCAGAACUACAUGCUAAAAGAUGCAGAGGCAGAGGUGCUGUUCGGCUUCAGUCUGGAAGAGUCACUGAAGAGGGCCCACGCUGCUCCACUCUUCAAGGGCAAGUAUUUCUAUAUUACCCCUGGGAUCUGUCCUAGCUCUACCACUAUGAAAGCCAUCAUAGAGAGCGCAGGAGGCAAGGUGCUUCCCAAGCAGCCCUCCUUCCGCAAAAUAAUGGAGCACAAGCAGAAUAAGAACCUUCCUGAGAUCAUUCUGAUAUCCUGUGAGAAUGAUCUUCAUCUAUGUAGAGAGUACUUCUUGAAGAACAUUGACGUUCACAAUGCUGAGUUUAUAUUGACUGGAGUAUUGACACAGAACUUGGAUUAUGAAUCAAAUAAAUUCACAUGAUGGCAAAGACCAAGGAGGAGAAGACUCGAAGAAGUCCGGUGAAGAUGAGGGUUUCAGUGAAGUGCAUUUUUCCAUUGACUGAGGUCCUGUACUGGAGGAAACAAUGAAGACGACUGAAACAAGUUGCAAUGUACAGUCACACUGCUGUACAGUCACACUGCUGUACAGUCACACUGCUGUACAGUCACACUGCUGUACAGUCACACUGCUCUUGAUAUUUUGCAAGAUUUUGUACCCUGUGAAUAGAUAAUCGUUGUUUUGUAGGUUUUUGUAAGAAUCGCUAAUAAUGCAUACAUAAAUUGAUGUUAUUUUUGUGGACUGAAUGUUUAAAUUAUGGAUUGGUUUUAAUUUUUUAAGAUUGUAUUAAUGUUUCUAGCAAUUAUUCAACACUUUUGGAAUAAAAUCAGAAGUUUGUUGUUAAAAUGAA